AUGUUGAAGUCCGAGAUCUCAAAGCCAUCCCCAGACACCUUGACCUGGGAGUGUCUUUGGAACCACAUGGAUUUGUCGUUGUUGACGCGCCACAGACGGGUGGUGAGCACGGCCGAGGCCACGUCGCGUUCUUUCUGCGACAGGCCGUAUGCGUUGGUGUUCAUCGUGGAGAGCGGAGUGGUGGCUGGCGAUUUUUCCUCGGCUCCGUUGGGUUUCGGCUUCCCGUUCGCGGUCUGGCUCACCGCAGCGGCCCACUUAAGCUCCCCCACAGGCUUGGCGGGCACUGGGGCAGGCUUGAGCGUGCUCAUUGUCGGAAGACUGCCGGCCAGGUUGGCCAGCGUCGCGGUUGGAGUCGCUGUUUUCGGCACAGCAGGCGCCACAGACACACCGGCCUUCACGCCAGCCACGGGAAUCGGCUGCACAGAAGCAACAUUCGGCGUGGGCGUGGUCUCCUUCUUCUUCACCGGAGUGGUGACCGGCUCAGGCACAGAAACACUGAUCGGCGCAGUCGACGUUAAAACAGACUCCUCCUCCUUGUGCACGCCGUUGGCAGCACUGCCACCCUCAAGAAGCGCGUUCUCGUCCACGUCCAAGUUCAGGUCGUCCUGGCCAACGACUGGUCCGAGUACGCUUUCGUCUUGGACCCUUUCUCCACCAGCUUGUACUUCUCCAUCGCCUGCUCAACCAACCGACGGUUCUCGUUCAACUUCUCCUUGUCCUUCACCUCGUUCGUGGCCUGCCAAUUCUUCACCUGCUCGCGAAACCGCUGCAGCUUCUUGA